CGCUGAUAUGAUCGUCAGUAAACCAGUUUGUAAUUGUACGCGUUCGGUGAUGUCCGCUUGUUGUUCUUAAAUCCCGUUUAUCGCUCAUUAAGAGGAAAAAGCAAAAAAAACAACAACAAAAAUAUCGCGAUUAUUUUUAAAUCAAACGAUAAGGAUACGACGGUUUGUUCGUACGGGUUUUCCGCACUCAGUUAUAAAAUGUACAAUUUUUUAGUAUUUCUCGUGUGUCUUCGUUUAAGUUCUGGCUCAGAAACGUUAGGUUUAGACGGUAAUGCUUUGACUUUUAGUACAAAUACUUAUGAAGGUCAAAAGUGCGGCGAAGGUACUUGCACCAAAAUAGUACAGUGCGCGCCAGCCCUGGUCUCCCUCAGGACCUACCGCGAGCACGGCCUCCUCAGAUGCGGCUUUGACGGGUUCGAAGAGAUCGUGUGCUGCCCGGGAAAAACGGUACGUUCUCCAUCGGAGUCUAGUACCGUGGACUCGACCCUGGUGUGGUCCGACGGCGAUAAAAAGAAAAAACCGACCAAAGGAGGCAAAGGAAACGGUUCGCCCGGCAACACUGGACGCAUCAAAACGAAACGGAAAUGCGAAUUGAUGUGCGAGAAGAUUCACAAGGAGAACAACGUCAAACCGGAAAUAAACUUCCACGUGCUCAACGGUGAGGACGCCGAGUCCGGCCAGUUUCCUCAUAUGGCGGCUUUGGGUUACGACACCCCCGACGGUACCAUCGACUGGCAACGGUGCGCAGGCUCGUUGAUCUCGCCCCGAUUCGUACUGACCGCGUCGCACUGCGUCUUUUGCGUCAACUGCGCCGAUCCGGUCAAAGUUCGGUUCGGCGUGAGCGACGUUACGGACGAGAUUAACGCGCAAGACGUGGACGUGUUAAGGCUCAUCCACGCCGAUUACAACAUCACAAGCAAACACAACGACAUCUCGUUGGUCGAACUGAAGUGGGAGGUGCGGACCAGCAAAACACUGUAUCCCGCGUGUUUGUACACGGAGGCCAACGAUCCCGCUGGGCCGCUGUUGAUUUCUGGAUGGGGACAAACUCAACAAGGUAACGCAGACUCGCGUUCGAAUGUCUUGCAAUACGCCAACGUGACGGCCGUAUCUACGGAGGAGUGCAACAAUACGAUUUACACGAGGACGCGGUACGACCGUAAGGUCAUAUUGAGCAGUCAGAUUUGCGCCAUAUCGAAAAGUGACACUUGCGUGGGUGAUUCCGGAGGACCCCUCCAAAUAAAGUCGAAACUGGGAGGGUACGAUAUAGUGGGGAUAGUUUCCUAUGGGAUCGACUGUGGGACCCCCGUGCCCGGAGUGUACACCAGGGUGUCCGCUUACUUGGAUUGGAUCGAAGAGAAAGUGUGGCCCACCUAAUUGUUGUUUAUGAGGAAAAUAGAUUUUAUUUUUGUGAAUUGU